UAUAAGAGGUCCUGAUGGAGCUCCAGCAGCGUGCACUGUGACUCACCGACCGACAGAGCCAGGACCACGGAAUACGAAGGUCUUCUCUGUACUCCAUAGUCUACACAUCGGGAAUAUGGAGCGCCCCCAUCUGGCCCUUCUCCUCUUCUGUCUGCUCGGGGGGUUCAGCUCGGCCCGAGCCUACCCCGCCUCCAGAGAGUCUGUGACGUUGAGGGCGAACGUCAAGAUGAACGCAGAGCAGCUGGUGAUCAGACUGGACCAGUACCUGAAGCGGCUGUCCCUGGAGGAAUGGAGCCAGAGCCUGAGCGCCAGCCCCCCCUCAGACCCCAUGGACAGCCUGGCCUCCCUGGUCCUGGUGCUGGACGGCUACGAGAGCGUGAUCUCCGAGAGGCUGGAGGGCCUGGCCCAGGUGAGGCAGGAGGUGUCCUCGCUCAGGGGCUACCUGGAGGACUGGCGGAGCGGCCACUGCGCCGGGCCCCCCCGGGCCAAGCCGGCCCCCCAGGGCCGGCUGGCCCGGCUCCAGGGCUACAAGGAGUACCCCCAGACGGUGGGGCUGGAGGGCGUGGUGGGGCUGAAGGACUACCUGGUCCACCUGCUGAAGCACCUGGACCUCCUGGGGGCCUGCUGAGGCAGCCGAGGGCGGGCUCUGCCUGCUGCGCCUCUGUCCGAUUGGUCGAUGGUUUUAUUUAAGGUUUGUGGAUCAAAUCAAUAUUAAUAAUGCUGGACCGAAUUUUCAGAGAAUAAUGUUUUAAUACGUUUUAGUAUUUAUAUAUUUUUUAUGGAAAAAAACAAGAAAAGCAGACUUUUUACAGCAGGGUGUACAUGUAGCAAUAACAAUUGAUUUUCAUAUUCUCCAAAUGAAAUGUUUACGAACUGGUAAUAGGGUUAUUUUUUACAGAAAAUAACCUUGCUUGGAAAUGCGUUGAGCAAAUCACUUUAUAUAUAUAUAUACUUACCAACUCAGUUAUGAGUCACAUUUGCCUGCCGUCAGGUUGUAACAUGCCAAGCCAAGUGUCUCCAUGUACUCUAUGACAAGAAAAGCCUUUACCUGCCUCCUAUAUUUUCAUUGCCUCAAAAGACUUUUAAGACUUAGCGAUUAAUUUCCCACCUAUAUAUGCAACAGGAAAACGAAUAAUGUCAUGUAUAUAGAUAUAUAUUUUUCUUAAUAAUUGUAAGUUGUAUGUGAUGUGUAUCUUUUAAAUUGUAUUUAAAAUAAAUAGUCAAUAUAUUAAAUUGAUGUUUGAUACAUUUGUGGUUUACUAUUACUGUGCAUGUUUUUUAUUUAUGAAUGAGACUGAAGAAAUUGUUAUGAUUCCUCGAUCUUGUUCUAUAAUCAAACAUUUUAUGAACUGUUAGCCAGAACCAUGUAAUGUUAUUUAAUGUCAAGUGUGCUUGACCUGCACACUAUCAAAUAAAAAGAGGGUAUAUACUGAGGGUAUUGAGACAGCUUUAAUUAAAAAAUAAAACAACCUCACAAAACGUUUUUACAAAAGGUAUGCUGCCAUUCGAUGGGAUUAUACUGAAAAAUAUUAAGAAGCACACUCCAGCUUCAAUGCAUCAAAUCAAGAAUGAUAUUAACUUUUAUGAAAUGUAAAAGGUCUACAGAUAAAAAGCAAUGACCUUGCACUAUUCACCGUCCUCCGCCCAGACAAACAGAGACAUAAGACUAACUGAACCACUUGUUCCUUUUGAUGUCGGCUGUCUUCUGGCCGCCUCCCAGUAUCUUGUUCUUGUAUUUUUCCACCAUGCUGUCGAAGCGGUCCUCUUCUCGGUUCCUGAAAGGCUUCUUGCCUGGUUUCGCACUCUGGAAAGCAAAACAAUAACCUACUCAGAACGAU